GCGGGUGACGUGAAAGUCAGAAAGUGUGAGAGCCAAUUAGAGUUGCGGAAGUGGGGCCGGGCCUAGAGCUCCCGGCUGGCCGGGAGGGAGCGGAUGACACCUGAAUGUUUAAAGGGCCAGAGUCAGCUGACCGACUCCAGAGGUCCAGUCCAGGGGGUCUGGUCGGGGUCGCUGCAGGGGAGAGAUGACCGAGGAGAGAGCCGGCGCAGUGCCCCCGAGCAGACGCGGGGCACAGCGGAGGGUAGAGACUUUUGGAGGAUGUAGCGUGCAGGUAUUUGUCGCGAUCUUCUCGCUGCUGCUGUCUCUGGCAGAGGUCGGUGCUACUGCAAAGAACGACUUCAAUUUGGUGAACCCACUCGUCACUAUGGAGCAGCUGCUCUGGGUGAGCGGGAAGCUGAUUGGAUCUGUGGACACAUUCCGCAUCCCUCUCAUCACAGUCACUCCUCGUGGCAAUCUCCUUGCCUUUGCUGAGGCCAGAAAAUUGUCUGAUUUAGACAAGGGGGCCAAGUUCAUCGCUCUGCGGAGGUCCACGGACCAGGGCAGCACAUGGUCUCCUACGGCCUUCAUUGUAAAUGAUGGGGAUGCCCCCGAUGGCCUGAACCUGGGUGCAGUCGUGAGCGAUAGUAAGACAGGAACGGUAUUCCUUUUCUACUCGCUCUGUGCUCACAAGGCUGGCUGCAAAGUGUCCUCCACCAUGUUGAUAUGGAGCAAGGAUGAUGGUGUUUCCUGGAGCCCUCCCCGAAACCUCUCUGUGGAUAUCGGCACUGAGAUGUUUGCCCCUGGCCCUGGCUCUGGCAUUCAGAAACAGUGGGAGCCGAAGAAGGGCCGGCUCAUUGUAUGUGGCCACGGGACCCUGGAGCGGGAUGGGGUCUUCUGCCUCAUCAGCGAUGACCACGGUGCCUCCUGGCGCUAUGGCGGUGGGAUCACCGGCAUCCCUUUCGGCCAGCCCAAGCUCAACAACGAUUUCAACCCUGAUGAGUGUCAGCCCUAUGAGCUCCCGGAUGGCUCAGUUGUCAUCAACGCCCGGAACCAGAACAACUACCACUGCCGCUGCCGCAUCAUCCUCCACAGCUACGAUGCCUGUGACACGCUGAAGCUGCAGGACGUGACCUUCGACACUGAGCUCAUAGACCCCGUGGUUGCCGCAGGAGCUGUAGCCACCAACUCCGGCAUUGUCUUCUUCUCCAACCCAGCCCAUAGAGAGUCCCGCGUGAACCUGACCCUGCGCUGGAGCUUCAGCAAUGGCACCUCAUGGCGGAAGGAGAAUGUCCAGGUGUGGCCAGGGCCCAGUGGCUACUCAUCACUGGCAACCCUGGAAGGCAGUGUGCGCGGGGUGCACCAGCCCACCCAGCUCUUCAUCCUGUAUGAGAAAGGCCGGAACCGCUACUGGGAGAGCAUCUCCCUGGCCAAAGUCAGCGUAUAUGGGACGCUCUGAGCAGCUGGACACCUGCCACAGGGAUAGACCCACGUUGGGUCUGAGGAGGGGCUGCUGGAGAAAGUCUGCCUUCCUUUCGACUCAAGUCUUUUGACAGGGAAAUCACUCCGUUAUAACAAAUAGGACGAUAAAGCUGGUACUUGCACACAGGAUGUGCUGCCCAGGCCUGGGGGCACUGCCCUUCCACAGCUCUGGGUCCUCCCCCUCAUCCUUUCUGCCCUCCCAGGAACAAUAGGUCCAUUUCUUGGGCAGGUUGGGUGGGCCUGUAGAAUUGAAUAAAUGUGAACUCAGGGAAUUGGGGAAGACUGAACUUCCUCUUUGGAGUCACAUACUGGCUUUGAAGAGGUUUAGUGAAUGUUCCAGAAGGGCAGAAUAUUUGGUUUUAGGGUACGGCUGUAGGUGCACCACCAACCUUGAUUAUUUAUGAAUCACAAUGUUUAUGAAUUAAUGUUUUUAAUGAAGGAGAAUGAACAUUUGUAGUCUCUGGUUUUGUCAUUUCACCUUGUUCUGUCUGUUUUCUUAUACACCUGAGAACUGGAUGAAUGAGUUUGCAGGAGGAAAUGUGUGUCUGUUAACCAUGAAAAUCUGACUUCAGCAAAUCCUUUCCCUUUGCCAUUCUUUCUUAUCACAGAAAAACAGAUUCAUCUUUAUAGAUGUAAUGAAUAGGAAGGGAAGGCCAAAAGAUAUUUUAAGACAUGCUCUGUUUUAUAUUUUAAGAUGGAGUGGAUGCUAUUCUCUAUGAGACAGGGACAGGUUUAUAAAAUGCAUAUGGGAAACCUCUCCCAGGCCAGCCUGGCAGAGAAAUAAACACUGUGGCAAAUUACGUGAGGAAAUAGUAUCUUCAUUCUAAGGCAGGUGCUUGUGAAAAGAUUCUGGGCAGCCUGGGAAGAGGAAGAGAACUUUCUACCAUCUCAAGGAAAAUACAAUGCCCAGGUGAGAUGGUCAGAAUGUCAAAGGCUGCUGGGUAAGACUGCUAAGCUUGAAGUUAGAGGUGUGUUUUGCUUUUACCUGCUUCUCUAAGAAAUGUUAGGAUAAUUUAUCCUAUCUAAUGGAAGAAGCGGAAUUAUUCCAUUGUAUGUGAAGACAUGAUAUAAUUUUGUCAUAUUUUAUCUAGAAUGUGUGACCAAUAAUGUAAUACUUCAAUGCUUUCAUUUAUAGACAUUUUCAGAAACACAAAAGAAAAUAGCUUACUGAGCCCAUGUCAACCCCAUGCACCCACAAUCAGGCUCAACAGUUAGCAAGACAUGGUCUUUUUUCCUAUUCCUUUCCCUUGGCUGAGUAUUUUAAGGUAAAUCCCAGACCUCACCCCUACAUUCUUAAGUGUGAUAUCAUUCCUUAAGGUGGAACUUUUUAUCCUAUAACCAUGAACCGUUGUACACUCAAAAUACUAACAAUAGCGGUGUUGUCAUGUAGCAUCCAGUUGAUGUUCAAAUUAUAUCAAAUGUUUCAACUGCCUAAUUUAUAGAUGAUUUGUUCAAAUCGGGAUCCAAAUAAAAUUUACAC